AUGACAAAGAGGUGCCAGUACUACCUCCACGAGAAGAAGCGCUUCUGCAGUUUCCAGUCCAAAGCAGGCUUUGACAAGUGCGGGAAUCACAUCGAAGGCGAGGGAGCGGUGAAACGCGUCCCUUGUCCCAUAGAUCCUCACCACACCGUGCUAGAGAAAGAGCUGGACUGGCAUCUGCCGCGUUGCCCAAAGGCACUGCAGCUCCAAGAACAGCAGGCCCAGCCAUAUUACAGCCCAGAUUGCAAUGCGGGCAGCAGCGAUGCUCUGGAUCACAGGGCUGCAAGCUUGGCAGCUGAUGGCAGCAGGCAGACGCAUGCGGGCAAUCUGAGCAGUGCAGCUGGGCGCAUUGCCUAUGCUCGCAGCCUGGGACCGGAGCAGUUUUCUGCCCUGCUGGCGCGCAUAGAGCUCGCCUAUAACCAGGUGUGUGGCAAGCUUGGAGAUGCCACAGAGGUCAUCCCUGGCGAGUGCACCUCCAUCCUGGAAACGCCCUCUGGACAGCCGCUGCCCAGCACGCAGCAUGUCAAGGCGUUCACAAUGAAACAUGGUCGCCAACAGGCCGCCAUCCUCGGGCAGAUGCAGCAGGCCGGAGUUCUACAGGACCCCAGGAGCACCACGUUUGUGGAGUUUGGUGCUGGGAAGGGUUACCUGUCGUGCAUGCUGGCCGAGAGCUUUGGAGCUGCCGAGCUUGUCCUGGUGGAUUGCAACAGCUUCCGCAUGACUGCCGACCGGACGCUGAGGAGGCUGAACGCGAAGCUGCAGCGGCUGAGGGUGGACAUAAAGGACUUUGAGCCGGCCGGGCUGCCCAGCGUGGCAGGCGGGCAGCCCUGGGUGGCCAUGGGCAAGCACCUCUGCGGCGCGGCCACCGACUUCACGCUGCGCUGUGUCGCGCGCUCAGCCCGCUCUGGAACCCCCGGUGGCGGCCCCCGACCCCCACCGCUGGGGGCCCCGUCCCCCGGCGCUGCCGGGAGCGUCGCUGCCGCUGGACAAUCCCAGAAUGGGGAGGGGAUUACAAAAGAGCACAUGUCAGCGGGAAGCAGCGAGGGUGCUUUGGAGCGCUUUCCAGAGGCAGUUGGCAGAGCGGACUGUGCUGGGCCAACUGCAGCUUCUGGAGUGGCGGCGGUACAUGCAGCCACCUCCAGCUCAGGUGAUGGGUCAGGGGUGGGGGGCUUGCUGGGGUGUGCGGUGGCCACCUGCUGCCACCACCGCUGCACAUGGGAGCACUAUGUGGGCAAGCCCUUCUUCAGCAGCCUGGGCUUCUCGGCUGCUGACUUCGAGCUCAUCAGCUGGAUGACAGGCUGGGCCUUGUGUGGCCAUGGGCGACCACGGGAGAGGCAGGCAGCUGCAUGCAGCGCUGAUGACGAGGAGGCUGCUAGUGAUACUGACACCACUGACAAGCCCAAUAAUGCAGACUCCUGUGCUGCGGAGGGGGAUGGUGAUAUAGAGCAAGCACGAGGUUUUGAGCCGAGCAUGAGCCUGCCAAGGGAGAGGAGGCAAGUGAUAGGUGCUCAGUGCAAGCGGCUCAUAGAUGCAGGGCGGAGGCACUACUUGCGUGAGAACGGGUUUUCAAAUGCCAAUGCUGUGCAGUAUGUGGAUGGAAAGGUCUCAGGAGAGAACUGGCUACUUCUAGCACCUUGAUCAUGAUGAAUGUAAACUUGAUAUUAAGU